AUGGGCCCGCCAUCUUUGGAUCUUUCACUGGAAGAGGUGAUCAAAGCCUCGAAGGGCGGAUCCGGCAAGGGAAGAGGCAGGCGAGAUGCUGAGAAGGCCAAGGAGGAGGAAGCGGUGAGUCUGGACAUGAGCCUGGAAGAGCUGAUCGAGAAGGACUACCUGCCGGCCAAGGGCAAGGGCAAGGCCAAGGAGGAGAAUGGCUGGGAGAAGAAGUCGGACAAAAGUCGGCCUGGCGAAGUUGCGGUCUUGUGA